AUGGCGGCCUCGGCCCUGUAUGCCUGCACCAAGUGCACCCAGCGCUAUCCCUUCGAGGAGCUCUCCCAGGGCCAGCAGCUCUGCAAGGAAUGUCGGAUUGCACAUCCUAUUGUAAAAUGUACUUACUGCAGAUCAGAAUUUCAACAAGAGAGCAAAACAAAUACAAUUUGUAAGAAGUGUGCUCAAAAUGUGAAGCAGUUUGGCACUCCUAAGCCCUGUCAGUACUGUAACAUAAUUGCAGCAUUUAUUGGUACAAAGUGUCAGCGUUGCACAAAUUCAGAAAAAAAAUAUGGACCACCUCAGACUUGUGAACAGUGCAAACAACAAUGUGCUUUUGAUCGGAAGGAGGAAGGAAGAAGAAAGGUUGACGGGAAGUUAUUAUGCUGGCUUUGUACUUUAUCAUACAAGAGAGUUUUACAGAAGACAAAAGAACAAAGGAAGAGCCUUGGGUCUUCACAUUCAAAUUCAUCAUCUUCAUCUCUUACUGAGAAAGACCAGCAUCAUGCAAAACACCACCACCACCACCAUCAUCACCACCAUCGUCACAGCAGUAGCCAUCAUAAAAUCAGCAACCUGAGUCCAGAACAAGAACAGGGACUGUGGAAACAGAGCCAUAAAUCCUCUGCAGCAAUUCAGAAUGAAACUCCAAAGAAAAAGCCCAAAUUGGAAUCUAAGCCAUCUAAUGGAGAUAGUAGCUCUAUAAAUCAGUCAGCAGAUAGUGGGGGAACAGACAAUUUUGUCCUUAUAAGUCAACUGAAAGAAGAAGUGAUGUCACUUAAACGUCUCUUACAGCAGAGAGACCAGACCAUUUUAGAAAAAGAUAAAAAGUUAACUGAACUUAAGGCAGAUUUUCAGUACCAAGAGUCAAACUUGAGAACAAAAAUGAACAGUAUGGAAAAAGCUCACAAAGAAACAGUGGAACAACUCCAGGCCAAAAACAGAGAGCUACUCAAACAGGUUGCAGCUUUGUCAAAGGGUAAAAAGUUUGACAAAAGUGGAAGCAUAUUAACAUCCCCUUGA